UUAUAAAGACAUAUUUUUUAAAUAAGCAUGAAGAUGUACAAGCAUGUUAUCACUCAGCUUGAGCAAGAAGAACUCUCAAGGCUAAUAGAAGAUUCAUAUGGAAUAGAUGGCAACAGCCAAGUUAGAUUUAACCAUGAGAAUGAGAAGAUAGACGUAGAGAAGAUUAUCCUUAACAGUAAGGAGACCCUCUACAUUGCUCAUAAAAUGAGCGUUUAUGACUCUGUUAGGGAGAAAUAACAUUAUUACUAUCCAUCCAGGAGAGUUUGUAGAGGUCUCAACCAUGGUACCCAAAGUCAGACGGAUGGAAGGAAUCUACAUUUUUGUUAGAAUGAAACCAGUUCUAGACUCAGAAAAUGAGCUGGAACCUAUUUAUGCAACCCAAGAGAUUGAUGAUUCCUUGAAAAGUAACAGCAUUGUAAAAAUGAGACAAGAGUCAAAGGCUGAUGUUCGUUGAGGCCUUAGAAACCUUAAAACAAAAUUAAUCAUGAAGUACAGAUUUUCAUAUGAUAAUUAUGAAAUUAGGGACAUGUUUAUUGGAUCAGUUCCAUGCUUUACUAAGAAAGAGCUUAAAGAUGGAUUCAUACUGGAUAACCAAGUCUUUGAACAAAUCAAUAACUGGCUGGAACAAAGAGAGAGCAACACAAAUAGACUAAUAGAUGUGCAUAAUUCUAUACACGACCGUGAUUUAUUCAUGCUUCAGACCAAUGGAAGCAAGGAAUUGUUUGAUCUCAGGUUCAGAGAUUUCCUCUGCAAGAAAGUAAGAACAAAAGAGGUCAUUCUCUGUGACACCCGAGAAUACUGACAACAGAGUCUGAAAUUAUGCAACUCUGAUUUAACUUUUUACACAGGAAGAUUCCUUCUUAAAAGACAAUGGGUCAAGUAUUGUCCUAACUUGCAGUUCUUAAAGCAAACAGAAGAUGAGAAUGUGUUCAAAAUAUGAAAAAUCCAGUAUCAAAAUUUGGGAUACAUCCAAGAAAUUGUUGGAAAAGAUCAAGUCUCUUCCAAGAUCUUUGGUAAUGAACUCUGGAGAAUAUUUAAUAGAUUAUCAAGUCAUGAGAAUUCAGCUAUUAAGGAAAGCAAGGAACCAUUAUCAGGUAACACAGCAUGCUCAAACACCGAUACAAGGAUAAGUAAGAGCUUUGCCUUGAAGCAGACUAAGAAAAGAAGAAAGGAUGGAGGUUUGAGAAAACUUCCCAGCUCUAUGUUAACACUGAAUUUACAAGUCUCUAAGCUAGCAUUGCUAAAUCAUUUGAUUAAAACAAAUAAGAUCUCUCCUUACUGAUCAGUCUUGUUUGGAAUCAAGGGGAUGAAGAAAAAGAGGGAUUUCAAAAGAGAAAGAAAAGUAAAACAAGAAAAGAUUCUUAAUACACCUUUCAAAGGUGCAGUUUUUACCAUCGAAAAAGUCUCAAAAAUCCAGAGAAUCCCAAUCUUAGUUCCUACUAAAGAGGAUGUCCAGGAGACCAAAGAGGCAGACAUCGAGAAGAGGAAACCUUUCACUAAGAGACUGGAGAUAGCUGCUUGAAGAAUGGACUCAACACGGGUUCCAAAGGAGAUCCCAUGUAGAAAUGAUGAAAAGGAAAGAAUUAAGAAUUUUAUUACAACUUCUUUACAGAACGGAGGGUCUCAGACAAGUUUGUAUAUUUCUGGAAUGCCAGGAACAGGAAAGACUGUAUCAACCGUAAAUACAAUAAAAGAGCUAGCUAAGGAUAAAUCCCUACCUAACUUUAUGUUUGUAGAAAUCAAUGGGAUGUCUCUUUGUAAGCCUCAAGAGAUUUACACAAUUAUGUGCCGUAAGAUUCUUGGAAAAAGUUGUAGGCCUUCUACUUCAGCACUGUUGUUAGAAAAUUUCUUCUGAAAUAAGAAAAAGUAUAAGAAGAGACCUUUUACAUUAUUGCUAAUUGAUGAGCUUGAUGCGUUGAUUACUCGAAAGCAGGACCUCCUCUACAACCUAUUCAAUUGGCCAGCAUAUGGAGAGUCCAAACUAAUAAUUGUUUCGAUCGCCAACACUAUGAACCUCCCAGAGAUGUUCUUGACCAAGAUCCAGAGCCGAAUUGGGGAAAACAGAUUGGUGUACCAGCCAUAUAAAGCAGCUCAGAUUAAAACUAUUCUUCAGUCAAGACUUGGUGACACCGAUGUGAUCAAUGAAGAUGCUUUACUUCUGAUCUCUAAUAAAAUUUCAAGUCUCAGUGGAGAUUUCAGAAGAGCUCUCCUAGUCUGAAAACGUGCUAUAGAGAUUUGUAAGUAUGACCAUUUAGGCUCCAAGAAGUCCUGAGUUGGAAAUCAUCAAGAAAAAGUCCAAUUCGAGCAUAUAAUGAGAGCAUUUGAUGAGCUGUUCAACUCUAAAACAGACGAGAUCUUGAGAAGUCUUCGAAAAUGAGAAAAAUGGGCUAUUGAAAGUGUUAUUUCAGAGAUGGAUAAAAGCCAUCUUGAUAGAAUCUCUCUAAAUAAAGCCAAGGAGCGAUUACGUGAUAAAGCCACACAUCAGACUGGUGACAAAUCCUACCUAAAAGAUACUGAAGCGUCAGAGAUAUACCUUAGGUUACAGAACUUAGGUAUUAUAAUCAUUAGCGAAGAGAAACGAAACCUGAAGGACUCACAUUGGGUUGAAUUAAGGCUGUUCAUUGAUGAAGUCAAGAAUGCCCUAGAGUGUUCUGAAUAAACAUAAUUUAGC